GAGGUACCAGGAAGCUGUAGCCACCGCUAGCUAGCCAGUCAGCCAAGACCAACACCCUGAUAUCAAACAUGCUUGCUGAUAGUGAAUUCGUAAAUCUACGAAAUAGAUUUAAGAAAGAUGCUGAUCUUCUCAUGCAAGGGGUUUCAGCAGGUGACAGCAACGAAAAGAGUAAGUGAACGGUAGACUUUAGCCAUGAAAAUACCCUCAGUUGCUAGAACAAAGAACUGAAUCUCAAAAAUAGUAAACACAUCAAUGAAUGAUACGUAAAUAACUUAUUUGGUCUGUAUCGUUGCUUAUCAUUCAAUUUCCCCAAUUUCUUAUUGCUAUUAAUAUAACUAGCUAGCUUGCUAAAGUUGAGGCUCUACAGUACUGUAAGGAAAAUCCUCUAGCUAACGUCAGCUAUGUCUAAGAUGAUUGUCUCGAAUGUAACGGUAGCUAACGUUACAUUUCUGCCUGCAUUUAUUUUACAGCUGACACAUAAAGUAUGGGCUGAUAUAGCCAACUUUGUGCCAUCGUACAGGAGGUCCAGUAGGCAUAUUUGACAACAGAACAAUUGUCUUAUCUUUAGGCAUGCCACUGAUUCUUGAUUGUUUUGACUAUGCAAAAGCUGUGUCAGCACUGCAGCAACACGAUAGUUUCAGACUAUACUUCUGCACUGUACUCGAGACUCAGCCCAGUGCCUGUGUAAACUGAUAUGCAUUAAGUGGCCGAUUCAGACUUAGGAAAUGUAUGCCUUUCCUACGCACUUCUCAGUAGUUGGUAUUCAGACUUACCUUUUUCUUUAAGGUUUUAUGUCAGACUACACCUAUUGGUGUAUUGCCGCCACCUACUGUAUGGGGUAUUGAAACAAAAAAUAUUCCAUUGCAGGAAGAGUGGGGGGAGGUCCCGACAUCAUACAGUUCAAAUCACAUCCCUAAACAGCUCAGGUGCCUGUGAGCACGGAGCAUUCAUCGACAGGAUUCCUUGUAGUGUCUCUGCUGUAAAAUCGCUGAGUCCCCCCCAAAAAACCUAGCCACACUCACAAUGAUGCCUAUUUCCGAUUUCCUCUCUGUUUGCGCUGUGCAGUUGAUAACCAAUGCAAUACAAGCUACAAAGUCCACCUUCUUAACAUGCAAAAUGGCAGGAUCCCUCUGUUGACAAGGAAUAUUAUCUUGUGUUUCUACUCCUACUACCAUUAUUUCUUCAACUUCACUCCUUUCUUCCACUCUUCUCAACACCUCCGCAUAGGAGACAUGCUGGACAGCCCUUAUUCUUACCACCUCAGUCUCCUUCACCCUAACAGGACACUUCAGAAAUUCGGGUGCAUGUUCCACCAACACAAUUGCAGCAUUUAGGCUCAGCUGGCAUACAAUACCCCUCCCAUCUACAUACACUUGACACGUGACCAAAUAUUUUGCAUUUAUCACACUGCAUGCGUUUGGGCACGAAGGCUCUCACAGGGCAACUCAUAAAACCCAAGUACAUGUGAGAAGGGAGAGACUCUUCAUCAAAAAACUAUAGAAUAGAUGGAGUGGGCUUCCUCACUCCAUCCACCAUGCGGGUACGUCGGUGUGCAUCAACCACUUGAUCCAAUUCUUCACGUAUAUCCUUUGCUUUUACUUCUAGUGCCACCCCAGAGAUAACACCCUUGAUAGGGGCCCUGCUUCGAAGAUUCACACGCAACACGUUCCAAUCUGAUAUCUUCUUGAGGCCCAGAGCAUGCUCCUUCUGUUCCAUAGAUACCAAAAAAUCUAAAAUGUACUCUCAUCAACACCACCUCAUCCAACGCAUCCAGAAUUUGUUAUAGAGACUUCAAUCGGAUCUCCCAGGUAACAACAUCAAUCCAAAACCCUUACUCCGACCAAAAAAGACUCAGAACUAGGCUUGGAUUUACUAGAUUCCACUACCACUUUACUUCUGUUAUUUCCUUUUCCAUUCACCACUGUAAUCCAAUCCUCAUUCUCAUCUCCACUCGACACGCCAUCUGAUUCAAACAUAACAUCCACCAUUUUCCUGCUGUUCCCAGUAUUCUUCUUCCCUCUUCAGACGUACCUUAUGCAAGUGCGUAACGGGCUUUGCAGGUGUGGGUCCCUUGCUUGUGCUGAAUAAAUUGAAUUGAACCGCUGAAAACCCUCCUCCACGUGCUGGCCAACAUAUUUUCUUGUGGAGUUUUAAUUCAAUAGGAUUUUCAGUACAUUUAUCUAAAGCCAUCCCUUUAAAUUUGGUGUACCUUUUAAUUUGAAUUUUCUCGACAGACUCACUAGAAUAUAUGGAGAGAACGGUUCAGAAUAUUAGGGAUCAAUGAAAGAAAGCCAUGGAAAUACAUGCAUUUGUCUCCUUUUCAGCAACAAUUGGUAGAUAGAAAAAUACUCUGAUCUUGUAUAUUAUUUAGUGUUAGGAAAGUAUUUAUGAAUAAUAAUAAAAAACAGGUUUGGAGAGCCUUUACGCACAGAAUAUAUUGGUGAAUCAAAAAUACAGUGGUUUCAUUCAUCCUGAAAGUUGCCAUAUUCAAUUGUUCAUUCCAUGGAAUAUUGGAAGGUGAGAAAAGUGUGCAAUGGGGUUGAACAGUAGUCCUAUAAACCUACCCUAAUAAUCCUCACUAAUCACGGAACUGUGAUGACAACGGUCCAGUCAUCAUGAAUUGUGCGCCAGGCUCCAGGUUUAAACUGCUACGUAUGGUCUGCGUUCCAUAAUGAUUUAAAUAGGCUACAUGUCCCAGAUUAUUGCACAACUUCUAAUACGUUAGUCUAAUAUGAUCCACUAUUGCUAGUGAUCAUCAGGAACAACCACACAAACGUGACAGAGGAAAGAAAGGUAAACUAACUAUGUAAUGGAAUUAUAGAAACUAACACUAAAGUCAGUGACAGUUAUAAAUGUAUGUGGGUAUAACUGACGGUGGCUACCAAUAGUGGCUAAUGUUUAACACAAUACAAAAAUACAGUGAAAGGUCUGUGCAUAUAAUUAAAUGAUUCUAUAAGUCAUAAAUCAACUCGGUAGGUUUGGCGCUAUGCUGUUAUUUGUGCAUGGCUACAGAAGCCUAUAGCUUGGGUCUCCAAAUGUCAUCGCUGCAAGUUAUAAGGCCAGCAUUUCAUAAACUUCACUGCGGAAAAGGUGAUCUGUUGAUAUGCUUCAGUUUGCUGCUAUAUGACUGGUUUCACAUUUGCCUCCAGAGGUCAUAAGGUAAAAUAGAUGUAAAACAAUUGUCAUUUAUAUUUACAAUCCCCUUAGCCAAACGGCUUACUCAUUAACCUAGCUCUUAUCAAUAGAGGUGCAGUAGCUCUUAUCAAUUUGUAAAUUACAGUGCAUUACAGUGUUAUUUCUAUCAGAAAAAAUUAAGUAGAUGUUGUUCCACUUGGAACCGACAAGUUGCUUGACCUUAUUCAUCGUUUCAUUGCACAUAAAGGUGGUGGAAUUAUGAAGGAAUGAAGUCAAAUUCAGAAUACGGCGUGUCUGUAGACACACCUCCACCACACAUUAAUUUAUUUGAUCUCCACCCCAAACAAAUAGCGGGUGAAUAGCAUGCUAUUAUCAUGCUUAAGUUCAAGGUCAGAAUACAAGUAGAGAGAAAAGUACAUAAAAAGGGAAUUAUGUUGCAUUUAUGCACGCUUAACUGGUCGAAUUCCCCCCUAAAAGAAACAGCAGACCCAACAUUGUCUGGCUGGAUGGUCCAGUCCAGGCUAUUCUUUCACGCUGACUAUAUUUUUUGCAACAUUAAAAAAAUUAUACUAUUAAAUGACCUUUUUAAGUUGCUAUUAUAACUGUCUAGUAUUGGACAGCUGCAGCUUGGUGGGUCUGAUUUCAACUAGAGGAGAUUCUAGUGCCAACCCCAGGGCACUGGGUUCAUACCUGAGGACAGACUUCACAGCUUGUCCACUUCACCAGCCAACUGCUGUCUCCGAUACUUUUAAUCAACUGCUAAAUUAUAGAGAUUAAUAAAUAGGCUUUUCAAAAAGUACGCUUAUAGCAUGAGGGGCAGUUUAAUCCUGAAAUGUCUUGAACCUUAAAAGUUGCGGAUUGGGCACCUUCUGUUCUCAUAUUCUGGUGUAAAUGUUCCAGUAUGAAAAUGCAUGCAUGCACUCACUAACUGUAAGUCGCUAUGGAUAAGAGCGUCUGCUAAAUGACUAAAAUGUAAAUUCUAUCUGGUUUCAUAGCCUAUUUGUGCGUUUUGCCUGGUUGCAUUAGUGGUGACCAGGUCCUUGGCAGACAGACGAUAUUCAGUAUUUAACUAAAUGAUGCUGAAUAGUGGGUUGUAGCCUAGGCUAUCAUCAUACAUAGGCCUAGCUAGAUUGUGUAGUGCCCUUCAACAAAUCCCAAAACAUUCAACUGUGUGGGAGCAAGUAAUCACACUGUCUCUAGGCCUUUUCUGUUUCUUUUGAAAUGAAGAAUCUACUUAUUGUGAACAAGUGAUGAUUUAGGACGAGGUCUACUGCAUUACCAAUGACCAUGGAAUUCUGUCUCAAACUUGCAGGUCAAGAAGAGAAAGAUGCCAAACCACUUCCUCGGAUCAACCGCCAUUCCGUCUUCUGGAUUGUGGCUUCUGUCGGGUUGACUUACUAUUUCGACUGCCUCCGCGUCAUCACGGAGAAUGGCGAUAUCAAAAGGUGUUGUAGUGAUGAAAAAUCCUUCUGUACUCAAACCAGUGCCUGUAUAGGUCUUUGCAGUAGGUCAUCUGUGAUUAGUAAUCAAAAGGGGUCGUCAGCCUGAAUCCAGACUGGAGAAUUUUGUUUCUGGAUGGUAGUCUUGAAUCGCUCCUAUUGAAGUGAUUUCCACUGUCCAGAAAAUAAAAAAAAUUCUGUUUGGUCUUAGGUUACUAAGGGGUAGAUUGGUCACUGUAAUUGGAAAAGUCCCAAAUAUUACGCAUAUUUGUUCCUUUUUGGUUAGGCAGACUUUUAUUCAUGCAGGAUUAUCUAUUAUCUACUCCAUGUUUGCAGAAAUGUAUUUAUGAUGAUGGCAUUUCCCGAAAGAACCAAACCACAAGUUCCUGUCAUGUAUUUGCUGCUUAUGUGCUUUGUUUUGUGUUGUUUUCCAGCUGGUGGUUCAAUGUUGGAGUGAUACUGCUGGGAAUAUGCCUAGCUUUGGCCAUGUUUUGCAUUGUAUACCUGGAGUGGUUUAAGGGAAUACAGCACUAUGAUCAUGAGUACCCUGCUAUUGCCCCUAUCACCACAGCAGCCUUCAUUGCAGCAUCAUGCAGGUAAUCCAUGGAUACAUGCUAACCCAUUCAUAGACGCUAACUACAGUGCCUUGAGAAAGUAUUCACACCCCUUGACUUUUUCCACAUUUGUUAUGUUACAGCCUGAAUUGAAAAUUUAUUACAUUGAGAUUGUGUGCCACUGGCCUACACACAAUACCCCAUAAUGUCAAAGUGAAAUUAUGUUUUUAGACAUUUUUACAAAUUAAUUACAAAUGAAAAGCUGAAAUGUCUUCAGUCAAUAAGUAUUCAACCCCUUUGUUAUGGCAAGCCUAAAUAAGUUCAGGAGUAAAAAUGUGCUUAACAAGUCACAUAAUAAGUUAACAUGAUUUUUGAAUGACUACCUCAUCUAUGUACCCCACACAUACAAUUAAUGAUCUGUAAGGUCCCUCAGUCGAGCAGUGAAUUUCAAAAAUAGAUUCAACCACAAAGACCAGAGAGGUUUUCCAGUGCCUCGCUAAGAAGAGUACCUAUUGGUAGAUGGGUAAAAAUAAUAAAAAGCAGACAUUGAAUAUCCCUUUGAGCAUGGUAAAGUUAUUAAUUACACUUUGGAUGGUGUAUCAAUACACCCAGUCACUACAAAGAUACAGGCGUCCUUCCUAAAUCAGUUGCCAGAGAGGAAGGUAACGCUCAGGGAUUUCACAAUGAGGCCAAUGGUGAUUUUAAAACAGUUACAGAGUUUAAUGGUUGUGAUAGGAGAAAACGUGGUUCAGUCUGCUUUCCAAGAGACAUUUGCAGACAAAUUCACCUUUCAGCAGGACAACCUAAAACACAAGGCCGAAUAUACGCUGGAGUUGCUUACCAAGAUGACAAUGAAUGUUCCUGAGUGGCCUAGUUACAUUUUUGACUUAAAUCGGCUUGAUAAUCUGUGGCAAGACUUGAAAAUGGCUGUCUAGCAAUGACAGUGCUUGAAUAAUUUUUUAAAGAAUAAUGUGCAAAUAUUGUACAAUCCAGGUGUGCAAAACUCUUAGAGACUUACCCAGAAAGACUCACAGCUGUAAUCACUGCCAAAUGUGAUUCUAACAUUUAUUGAUUGACUCAGGGGUGUGAACACUUAUGUAAAUUAGAUAUUUCUGUAUUUGUCAUUAUGGUAAAAUACUUUGUCACCUGGUAAAACGCUCCACAUUUUUGGAAUCACUAAGGCAGUUUAGAUCCCUGAUGAUAAAUGAGUUCACCGAGGUGUGCAAUUGUUUUGAUUGACUUUAAUAAUUUGUUUAUUAUGCCUGUGAUGUUUGAUUUUCUAAUGUAAUGUACAGUGCUAUGAAAAAGUAUUUGCCCCCUUUCUAAUUUUCUCUACUUUUGCAUAUUUGUGAUACUGAAUGUUAUCAGAUCUUCAACCAAAACCUAAUAUUAGAUAAAGGGAACAUAAGUGAACAAAUAACACAACAAUUACAUAUUUAUUUCAUAAACAAAGUUAUGCAACACCCAAUUCCCCUGUGUGAGAAAGUAAUUGCCCCCUUACACUCAAUAACUGGUUGUGCCACCUUUUAGCUGCAAUGACUCCAACCAAAUGCUUCCUGUAGUUGUUGAUCAGUCUCUCACGUCGCUGUGGAGGAAUUUUGGCCCACUCUUCCAUGCAGAAACCAUCACACCACCACCACCAUGCUUGACCUUUGGUAUGAUGUUCUUACUGUGGAAUGCAGUGUUUGGUUUUCGCCAGGCAUUAUGGGACCCAUCUCGUCCAAAAAGUUGACUCAAGUUUGCCAAAAAGCACCUGGAUGAUCAUCAAGACUCUUGGAAGAACUUUCUAUGGACAGAUUAUUCAAAAGUAUAACUUUUUGGACGACAUGGUUCCAGUAAUGCCUGGCAAAAACCAAACACUGCAUUCCACAAUAAGAACAUCAUACCAAAGGUCAAGCAUGGUGGUGGUGGAGUGAUGGUUUGGGGAUGCUUUGCUGCCUCAGGACCUGGAUGACUUGCCUUAAUAGAAGGAACCAUGAAUUCUGCUCUGUAUCAGAGAAUUCUACAGGAGAAUGUCAGACCAUCCGUCUGUGAGCUGAAGCUGAAGCGCAGCUGGGUCAUGCAGCAAGACAAUGAUCCAAAACACACAAUCAAGUCUACAUAAAAAUUGAUAAAAAGCAACACAUUUGAAGUUUUGGAAUGGCCUAGUCAAAGUCCAGACCUAAUCCCAAUUGAGAUGUUGUAGCAGGACUUGAAACGAGCAGUUCAUGCUUGAAAACCCACACGUCACUGAGUUAAAGCAGUUCUGCAUGGAAGAGUGGGCCAAAAUUCCUCCACAGUGACGUGAGAGACUGAUCAACAACUACAGGAAGCAUUUGGUUGGAGUCAUUGCAGCUAAAGGUGGCACAACCAGUUAUUGAGUGUAAGGGGGCAAUUACUUUUUCACACAGGGGAAUUGGGUGUUGCAUAACUUUGUUUAUGAAAUAAAUAUGUACCGUAAUUUUCGGACUAUAAGCCGCGCCUUUUUUCCCAUUUUUCGACCCUGCGGCUUAUAUAACGGUGCGGCUAAUCUAUGGAUUUUUACAGCUAACGGCCACUAGAAGACCUCCUAAAUCUAUGGAUUUUACAGGUUACAGUCCACCAACUUUAACUCUAUGGGCUCUAUGACCGGUCCGCGCCCCCCACCUUUAAGCGGCGGGCUCCAGCAGGAAAAGCUGGAGGCCGGCGCAAAAGUAAAAGUGGAACCGAGAGUGGUACGAGAGACAGAACGAGAGACAGAACGAGCGCAAGACAGACAGACAUUACGAGAGCGAGACAGUUUGUGCAAAGGAAGUUUUCAUGCACAAACCCUCAUUAUGGAAAACAAACGUAGAAAUGCAUAUGAUGCAGCUUUUAAGUUAAAGGCAGUCAAUCUGGCUGUCAAAACAUCCACGAUCAUUAACGGGUUCCGAAAGGCUGGACUGCUGCGUGAUGAAGAGGAGGACGCCGCCACAGCUGAGGCCCUUUAGAGGCUGUUCGAUUCCGACAGUGACGAAGAGGAGUUUGUUGGUUUUGAGAGCGACAACGAAGGAGAGAGGAGAGUGGCUGACGAAGCCACCCUGAGCCUGUUCGUUUCCGACACUGAAGAUGAGGACUUUGGUGGUUUUAGUACGCAGGAAGAAGACGGAGAUGAGGAUUAAUGACUUGACUUUUCUGGUUACAGCCGUGUACUGCACCUUAGCCUAAAAGAUGAAGACGAGGAUUAAUGACUUUUCUGGUAGGCUGAUUACCGUAUAUUUUAAGCAGCCGUGUUGCUGCAACUUUAGGCUUACGCGCUUACUGUCGUGUUACAGGCACUUUAUUUUGCACUUUAAAAAAAACACAUUUAAUUUAGCCAUUGAUAUUCCCUCGUCAAGCGCUGUAAGCUUUGUUUUUUGUUAUGGUACUACUGUAGGCUAUAAUGUAGAUAAAUAUUCAAAGAUGUGCACACUUUUUCAAGGUUUUUCAAAAAUAACCAAAGUUAAGUGGUUAAAUGAUUGUGACGCUAUUAACUAAUUUUGCUGGGGAACCCCUAGCACUCCCUCAAGGACCACUGGUUGAAAACCACUGCUGUAGAUCACUGCCGGUAUGUGCGCUGGGAGCGCACCGUUUAAGUUUGAAAGUUGAAAAGUUUGUGUGUCUGCAACGCUGUGUGAUACAGUACAGUUUACACAGCACAGUAUAUGUUCUGUAGCUACUAUUGCACUAAAUGGUAACACUUGAAUACGUUAUGCAAAUAUGCAACAUGUUUGUUGAAAUGUUAAUAAAUGGGAGCUUCCUCAAGCAGCCAUCUCUUUCCCCACAAUCCCCUCUGUGCACGAACCCUUACAUAUGGUAAUUAAACAUUAAAACACCUGCGGCUUAUAGUCCAGUGCGGCUUAUAUAUGUACACAUCAUUCAAUAUCAUUCAAUUUAGCUGCUGCGGCUUAUACUCCGGUGCGCCUUAUAGUGCGGAAAAUACGGUAAUUGUUGUGUUAUUUGUUCACUUAUGUUCCCUUUAUCUAAUUUUAGGUUUUGGUUGAAGAUCUGAUAACAUUCAGUAUCACAAAUAUGCAAAAGUAGAGAAAAUUAGAAAGGGGGCAAAUACUUUUUCAUAGCACUGUACUUAUUUUAUCUUGUUAUUCUCUUGUAUCUUGUAGUUUUAUCUUUUAUUUUAUGUCCUCAAGGCACCAUUGAAAGUGAGACCCUUGUCUCAAUUGGGCUCCACUGAUUAAAUAAAAGUUAGUAAAAUAAGUCAAGGGGGAAGUAUGAAUACUUUCUGAAGGCACUGUACCUUCAGCACUUAUUGACGAUAGUAUCUUCUGGCUGGGGGAAUUUUGUUAAGAGCCCUGGCGCUCGUUCUGAACGUUAAAACGCUUUGCUUGCGGUACGUUUUUGGAAACAUAAGGAAUGUAACUUUCAAAUCAGCUAUAAAUAAUUUUCAAAAAUCAAAAGGUUACAUUACACACCUUUUAUAGGUUUAGGGAUAGUGUUCCCGCAUGGCAAUAUCUCCAUGUUACAGCGCUUGUUUACGGAAGACAGACAGAAGACAUAGGCAUCUAGCAUGCCCCGAACACCUGUGUGUAAGCGCAACUGUGGAGGAAGUGGAGUUUGUCAACUUGAGGCACACACAGCUUAUGGAUCUGUGUAAAACUGCUACAGGAAGUGUAUCUUUUUUAUUUGGAAGAUUCUCGCUGAUAUGAAAAAUAAAGGGGCAUAUGUUUUGAAAGCCGUUUUGCAAACAAUGAUUAUUGACAUUUCUAAACGUUAAAACACAGCGCUGGAAUUGUAGUUCACACGCAGCCAACCGUGGGUGAAGCUAACCGCUGAAAACCCUACGGAUAAAAAGGGUUUUAGUGAGCUAAUAGCUAGCUACAUAAUGCUUUCGGUUAUUAAGUUGUAAGCCUAUUUUACAAUCUCUCCAAUGGUAAUCAGAAUUAUCUUGGUCUCAAGCACAUUUGUUAUUUCUUCUCCCCAGUUUUAAUAUAGCACUGUGGCCUGUAUGGUCGUUCCUCACCCCCGUCCUCCUGUUUACCCAGUUCAUGGGAGUUGUUAUGCUCAUAUCGAUGCUU